CGGUUCCCCUCGGGCGCGGUGGGUGAAGGCUGGACUUGGCUGGGACGGGGAGGGAGGGGUCGGGAGCCGCAGAGCCUCAGGCUUCCGCCAGGCCCCAGGUCCUUGGGAGCUCCGCGGGUCCCGGCCCAGAUAUCCAGAAAUUAUUCCAAAGGACGCAGGGCAGGUGGAUGACUUAAUUGGCCUGUGGCUGACCUGUGCCCACUCUGAGCUCCCCCCUGAACUAAUCAGAGCCUUGUCAGCGACGCACCACCACACCCACUAAGGGGCACUUAAGACAGAAGAAGCUGGAGUCCGGGGACUCUUAAGACCAAGGCUGGGCCUGGCCCAGGUGACAAACAGGAAGUGCUCAGGCAUCCAGGAGACACACCUGGCUUUCAGAUGAGGAAGACUGGGGCCUGUUGGAAGUACAAAGCACAGCCCCUGCAGCCUCUGCCCCUGAGAGCUCCAUGCAGGUGCCACAGGAUGGAGAGGACUUUGCUGGCCAACCCUGGUACCACGGCCCACUGUCCCGCCAGAAGGCUGAGGCCCUCCUCCAGCAAGAUGGUGACUUCUUAGUUCGUGCAUCUAAGUCCCGUGGGGGCCACCCUGUGAUCUCCUGCCGUUGGCGGGGCUCAGUCCUACACUUCGAGGUGUUCCGUGUGGCCCUGCGCCCCCGGCCAGGCCGGCCCACAGCCCUCUUUCAGCUGGAGGAUGAGCGUUUCCCAAGCCUGCCUGCCCUGGUUCGCAGCUAUGUGACCGGCCAGCGUACACUGUCCCAGGCCACGGGAGCUGUGGCAUCCAGGCCAGUGACGCGGCAAGGACCUAUUCGACGCAGCUUUAGUGAAGACACCCUUCCAGACGGCCCGGCUUGGACAGAGCCACUCAGGGCUAGGAAGCGGAGUGACAGUCAGCCCGCAGGCUUGGAGCAUAUGGGGCAGCCAACAGAAGACCACCCUGGUUCAGGAGCUUCCACUAUGCCUGCAUCUGCCCUGCCUCGGACAGGUAGUGACUCCAUGUUGCUAAAGGUGCCCGUUCCCCUGGGGUCCAUUGCUGACAGCCUCAGGGCCUCUGAUGGGCAGCUUCAUGCCAAGGCACCAACCAAGCCACCUCGAACAUCCUCACUGAUGCUGCCUGAUGCCUCUGGAUGCCCCCCAACGUACUGUGAGCUGGUGCCCCGAGUGCCCAGGGUCCAGGGAACACCUGCUGGCCACAGCUGCCCAGAGCCAGAGGCACCAUGGUGGGAGGCUGAGGAGGAGGACGGAUGUUUUGCAAGACCGCAGGCAGAGGUCUCUUUCUGCCCACCUGACAACCCCUUCUGCCUGCUGGGCUCCCAGAAUCGGCCUCUGGAAACUGAAGUCCUGCAUACUCUCCAUGGCCUGUUCCUGGAGCACCAUCCUGGGAGCACCGCUCUCCACCUGCUAUUGGUGGAUUGCCAGGCGACUGGCCUCCUGGGAGUGACCAAGGCUCAGCGGGGCGCCAUGGGGGUCGCCUCUGGUCUGGAGCUGCUCACACUUCCCCAUGGGCAUCGCUUGAGGUUGGAACUGCUGGAGAGGCUCGAGACGCUGGCACUGGCGGGGGCGCUGGCAGUGCUGGGCUGCGCAGGGCCGCUGGAGGAGCGCGCGGCCGCCCUGAGGGGCCUGGUGGAGCUGGCCCUGGCGCUGCGGCCAGGGGCGGCGGGAGACCUGCCCGGACUGGCCGCGGUCAUGGGCGCCUUGCUCAUGCCCCAGGUGUCGCGGUUGGAACGCACGUGGCGCCAGCUGCGAAGGAGCCACACCGAGGCUGCGCUGGCCUUCGAGCAGGAGCUGAAGCCACUGAUGCGGGCGCUGGAUGAGGGCGCCGGACCCUGCGACCCGGGGGAGGUGGCGUUGCCGCACGUGGCGCCCGCGGUGCGCCUGCUGGAGGGCGAGGAACUCCCCGGGCCCCUGGACGAGAGCUGCGAGCGGCUGCUGCGCACCCUGCACCGGGCGCGUUUGCUGGCCCGGGACGCGCCCAGAUUCCGCGAGGCGGCGGCUCGGCGCCUGCGAGGCUGCUCUGGGGGAGCCAAGGAGCUGGGGCGCCGUGGGCCACACGUCUUGAGAAGUUCCAGCGUGUCCUCACCGUCCUGUCGCAGCGCCUGGAGCCUGACCAUUGAGAGCACAGACUGCCCCCGUCUUCACGCUGGGAUACCAAGGCUUCCAUGGAGACCAAGGAAGCCGCCCAAGCUUCCGCACACAGCCAAAUGCAGUGGGGACCUGCACCCUGCCUCACAGGAGGGGACCUGGUUUGCAAGAACCCACCCUGUGCCCUAAAAAGGCACACUGAUCCUGGCGGAGGGCAGCCUCCUCCCCACACUAGAAGACCCAGAUGUCUGGAGGCUCUGGACGCCCUCUCCCACAUGCCCCCUCGCAUAUCCCACAAAGGGUGAACGUGUGGCUUUUAAUGUUAAAGAGAACUUGCAGAUCUGUAAGAGGCCUGAGUUCAAAUAUGUUUUAAAAGCUGUGUGACUGGG